AUGCCGAACUUAUUUGGUGGGGCCAGAUUCUUCUUAUCUCAUGCUGUUCCACAACGAAGCCAGCUGAGACUCACGAUCGAGCAAAAUGGAGGUACGGUCGUCUUACUAGAAAAGGACGCGGACACAAUACUCGUGGAUCAUUUGAAGAAAUCGCAAACUCACCCUGCCAAUGCACUUUCGUAUCAAUUCGUGGAGAAAUCCGUUCGUAACGGUAAGCUGGAAGAUCCUGAGCUUUACAAAGUUGGUCCAUCUCCAGCUCGACCACUUGGUGCUUCCAACAUUCCCACCAAGAGCACGAAGAGAAGUUACAGCCUAGAGGAUGACCGGAUUGUCUUCGAUUGGCUCUAUCCUCUAGAACAGACUCCAGGCGCACCAACACAUGGAACUUCCAUCUACAAGCUCCUGGCUGAGCGAUUCCCACAACAUACAUGGCAAUCUUGGCGCAGCAGAUAUCUGAAGACCCUUCGGGGGAAGCCCCGUCCAGGUGGCGGUGAACCCAGGCCCGAUCUCGUGUACGGGGGCCCCGAAGCAGUUCCCGGUUGUAAGAAACCGGUGACAACACCCCAGCCCCCCCAAGCAGGCUCGCUCGCUACAGGUAGAAGUCCUGCUGCUGCGACUUCGAAAGAGCUUGGGAAAUCUGCGUCAAGGCCAGUAAAUAACCAAUCAGGCUCAAAACUUUCAACAAAACCAGAAGUCUCGGCGAGAAAACGAGAGCCGCCUUUGACCUCAUCACUUGAGACCUCCGGGGCUGCAAAGAAGGCGAGGAAAGGGCCCGACAAAGCAACACCGAGCUCUGCAGUUGCCGUGCAGUCGCCUCCCGCUCAGACUCCUCUGAAGGCUAAGGAACUGGCGAGAACCCCUUCUAAGGAAGAGGUGCAAACUGAAGGUGCUCAGGCACCCAACGGGGUCCAGGAAACUAUACCUCUCGAGAAUGUCCCAACGUUAGACCAAAGUUUGAAGCGUCCAGCGAAAGACCAAGUUGAGGAGCAUGCAGACCCUCUGUUCCAACAUCUACCAUUCUUUCCGACCAGUUCUGAUUCUGGAUCUGACGACAGUGGAUCCGAAGAUGCUGAUGAUGACAGCGACCCUGAAGAGUAUCCAGAUCUCCGUAGUUGGGUGAACGCACAGGUGGCAAAGGGUGUAGACGGCCCAACCGUUUUGAAUGCGCUGCGCUACACCAGCAUGGAACCCAGACCGGCGAAAAAGUUACUUCAAAUCUUGGUCGAUGGAAACUCUGUCCCGCAGAACAUGCGAGGUGUGUGGACUGAGGAAGAUGAUCGAUGCCUCCAGAGUCGCGAUGCCCACGACGUUGAGCGUGUUGUCAUGAAACAUGGCGACAGACUGUUCAAGGCACGUUGGGAGUACCUUGAGAUGGCAAGAGAAAGAGGCCUGGUUGAUUAA